AUGUCAACUUUAGCAAAACGUAAACGCAACGAAAUUACGGCUGAAAGCGCUAACUGUACGAUAUUUAAUGCAAUUGACAACCGUAGCUUUACAACCUGUACUUCACCUCCUAAUACACCUUUCUAUAUAGACUUAGGCGAUUGUACUUGUAUAUGUGAGUAUUGCGGUGCACGCUUUUGGUAUGAUGAACGUUGUCAUCAGACAUCUGUCAAUGGACAUAUGAGGUACAAACAAUGUUGUAAAGAGGGUAAGGUUAAGUUACCGUUUCCAGGAGCAUAUAACCCCACCAUUAUUAACCUCUUUACAAGAAAUGAAUUUCUCAAUCACAUACGUGCCUAUAACUCAAUGUUCUCUAUGACCUCAUUCGGUGCAAAGGUAGAUGACAGGAUCAAUGACGGUUCUGCUCCAUACGUUUUUAGAGUUGAAGGGCAAAUAUGUCACUGGAUUGGUACAUUAUGUCCUCCAAGAAACGAAAAACCUAGAUUUUUGCAAAUGUACAUCUAUGACACCGAAAAUGAAAUUACUCACAGAUUGGAGCCCUUCAACAGUAGUACUGAACCUCAACUUUCUGUUAACUUUGUUUCACUUAUUUCAAAGGAACUUGCAAUGUCCAAUAAGUUAGUUAAGCUUUUCCAUACUGCUAGAGAUCUUAUUCGGCUAUAUAAUGUCCCCAACUUUUCUAUUAGGUUAUAUAGUUCUUAUAAUGCACAAUCCUAUGACAAACCAAGCGACGGUUGCAUUGGAGCUAUCGUUAACGACAGUGACCCUUUGUCAGAUGGAUUUGACAUCGUUAUCCGUAACAAAGAUAAAGGUCCGCAACGUAUCAAUAAGUUACAUCUACUUUACAUGUCGUUACAAUACCCAUUGUUAUUCAUUUACGGUGAAAGUGGAUGGUCUCCUGAUAUGCGUUUAACUGCACCUGCUGAAACUAAAGAUAGAAAAUUAACCAUGAAUAUGUUUUAUAACUAUCAACUUCAUGAUCGUCUCAACUUAUAUACCUUACUCUUAAGAGGUGGAAGGCUUUUUCAGCAGUACUUGGUUGAUGCCUAUGUAUGUAUGGAACAUGAUAGACUCGAUUACUAUAGGUAUAACCAGAGUACAUUCAGAACCGAACACCUUCAAGGUGUUCAUGAUGCUGUUUCACGGGGAGAUACUGAAGGUCGUGACAUCGGCAAAAGAAUAAUUUUACCGACAUCAUUCAUAGGUGGUCCUCGCUACAUGUACAAACAUUACCAAGACGCCUUAGCGAUUUGCAGAGUCCAUGGAAAUCCACAAUACUUCGUUACUUUUACAUGUAAUGUCAAGUGGCCAGAGAUUGAAAGACAUAUGGCUCAGUACGCUCCCCUUAAGGCCCAAGAUCGUCCAGACAUUAUAGCAAGAGUGUUCCAAUUGAAACUAAAGUCAUUACUUAACUUCAUUAAAACUGAAAAUCCUUUUGGUGACAUUGAGGCAGAUUUAUAUACCAUUGAGUUCCAAAAAAGAGGCAUGCCUCAUCGCCAUUUGUUAUUAUGGGUAUCCUCUUCUCAAAGGAUCAAAGAUGCUGAAGAUAUAGAUAAAUACAUCUCAGCAGAAAUACCUGACCGUGUGCUUCAACCAGAUUUAUACAGAAUUGUGUCUGAAUCAAUGAUGCAUGGCCCAUGUGGUCUUGCAAGAACGAACUCUCCUUGCAUGAAACUAGGCCACUGUUCCAAAAAAUUCCCAAAAAUUUUUGAGCAAACCACAUGCUUUGACAAGAACGGCUACGCACGCUACAGGAGACGAUCAACAACGGCUACAGUUGUAAAAAAUGGUAUUCCAUUAGACAAUCGUGUUGUCGUCCCCUACAAUCCUUUACUAUGUUUAUACUUUGAAGCACAUAUCAAUGUAGAGUAUUGUGGCUGGAGUAUGCUCAUAAAGUACUUAUUCAAGUACAUAUCCAAAAGCCCAGAUCGUAUACAUUACUUGAUCAAUAGAACUCCUGCCAUAACAUCCGAUGCUACAACAAACACAAACCCUAUCCAGGUAGAUGAAAUCAAAAAUUUUGUAGAUAGUCGUUUCAUUUGCCCUCACGAGGCUGCCUGGAGAAUUCUAAACUUUCACAUACAUGAAAGAAACCCGCCCGUUCAAAUGCUAGCAGUUCACUUGGAGAACAUGCAAAGUGUACGGUUCAAAGAUAAAAUCAAUAACGUCGCCAACAAUUCAUAUGCAACAAAAACGACUCUUACUAAAUGGCUACUUAGUAACCGCUACGACUGA